AUGUCUAAUGUUCGUGAUGAGAAACCACAUCCAGAGGUUUCCGCUGAUCCUAUAUGUUCAAGGAACUGCAUUUAUGGGGAUGAUGACUGGGUAAUAGUCAAGAAACAGCGUAUCACCAUAUUAAUUCCUCCACAAUCACCUAUUACUGCAAAUCCUCAAUCAAAUAUGCCCACAAUAAGUUAUAAGCAGUCUUGCAUAACUAGGAGCAAGAGAGACUGCGAUGCCCCCAGAAAGAAGCACCCCGAGAAGUUGGCAGCCAAGAAAUGUCAGGGCUCCCCUCCAGUGCAUGGCAGUAUAGUCCACGAGGAUGUUCCAAUUAUGGCAGGUGAUAAAUUACCACACAGUUCUGCUGUCCCUGUUGCAAAAACAGAAUGGACUAAGGAUCAUGCUGUUCGAGAAUUGUUUCAUCAAGAAACUGGGAAGGCGACAAGUUUCUUUGGAAGCAUGGGUAAGCCAAUGAUGCAAAUUAUAUCUUCACCUGUUGCGAAUAAGAUAAUUCGAGCCAAGCUUCUUGAGAGACAGGUUGCUGGGUUUGGCGGGCUGAGGAAUUGGCUUUUCGGUUGUGGUCUUGGAUGGUUUGUUAACAUAUUGGACACUGAAAAGCUGGGGAUGUAUCAGCUUGCUUCUCUUACUAUGAAACAGCUGAAAGAUAUGGGCCUUGUUGCUGUAGGUCCACGGAGGAAACUGAUCCAUGCCAUUGACAGUUUAUGCCACCCACACCAUGUUGAGAUGCUUUCUUGA